GUGGUAAGGUAAAAUUCCUCAGAUGAAAUCUUUGGACAACAUGCGUGUCAGUUUGUUUCUGUGUUUUUUUGCUGCGCUUACGCAGGGCCAACGUAAUGGUCCUGAACGACGGUUUGAUUUUAAAGCAAGAGAACAAAAACCCGACGGAACCGUUAAUGAAAUAGUUUUCCAAACCAUGUCGGCAGUUGAAAAGCAGAUUGCUGAUCUGGCGCAACAACCACAACUUUUGACAGGAUCGAAAAAUAGGAAGACCGUGAAAGAAGCAAAGGAUACUGCCGUGCAAGCCAAAAAACUUUUCGCAAAAACUCAGAAGAAGCUGUCAGCGGACGUCAAAAAAAUUAAAGAAAAAUGUAAAAAACAAAUAAAUAAAGUCGUUAAAAAACUUGGUGCAAUUGGUAACAAUUUAGACACCAAAGAUUUAAGCAAUGGAGAAGCAAAGCUGUUAAAUCGUGUGAUGGUCGAGGGUAUUGCUGUCGAAGCAAUGAAGCUGACUGGAGAUGUUCAAGAUCAUUUAAUGAAAACAUUGGAUAGAGAAAAUGCACCUAUGGCAGCAAAAGUGCUGGUCGCGCAAGUUAUGUCACAGAAAUUAACUGACGACACCAAGAAGGAAAUCAAAAAACUAGUAAAUGCAAAACAGGGCCCGGAUGACGACGUUGGAGUCUCAGAUGCAGACGAUGAUACAGGUGACGGUCCUGUAGUUACCGACGGAGAUGAAGCAUACGCUGACGGUGUCGAGUUACUGCCAGAUAAUAGCAAUUACGUACAGGGUUCGGGUGUUGACGACGAAGCGACAUUGACCGAUGACAGCGGGCCACAAAAAAUGCAAGGAGAAGGGCAAGGGUUUGGAUAUGGAUCCAAAAAACAGAUGUGUCUGUUUACACCCAGGAAUUCACCGUACUGCGUUAGUCAAGAAAAGUCUCUCUGAGAACUGAGUGCCUGAUGAAUUCUACUGCUAUAAUAAGUUAGGCGUUCAGUGAUUAAAUAAAUAAUUUUAUUUCUGUGUUA